AGCUCAACUUACUCCUUUCAUUCAUUUGUGUAUCUUCUUCCUCUCUCUCUUUCUCUCUCUGUCUCUUUUUGCCCUAUCUUAUAGGGUUUCCAUGUCCUUCUAGCUCCGAUCUCUCUCAUGCAUUCGAGUUUUCAAGAUCUAUACGUUGGUUUGAUUGCGAUUAUUGCUUUCGGGUAUCUCUUUUUUGCUCUCUUUGGAGGGUUUCUCGGUGGUAGACGGUGUGAAUUUUACCUCCCGGGGUUUUUUGAGCUCAAUCCAUGUCUAAGCUCUUCGGAUUCGCUGGAACUGAUGAUUUUUGCCCUGGGGGGUCAAUAUUCAGAAACCCCAAGGAGCCUAGCCUCUUUUUGUCCCUUGGUCGUCAUGUGGAUGUCUAUUAUCCUUCCUGCAAGAGGACUCGUGUCAGCGCUCCAUUUGUUUUCAGUGAAGAGAGGUUUGAGCAGAAAAGACGGGCAUCUAUUGAAGUUCUGCCAGAUGAAUGUCUCUUUGAAAUUUUCAGACGUUUGCCCGGAGGGGAGGAAAGGAGCGCCUGUGCUUGUGUCUCCAAGCGCUGGCUUUCUCUUAUGAGCAAUAUGUCCAGGGAUGAACUCUGCAGUAAGAAAACUACCCAAUUGUUGAAUGAGUCUGUUGAAAAGAAUGGUGAGGUGAAAUCUGAGGCUGAAGAUCAAGAAAUUGAGGGUGAUGGGUGCCUUUCCAGGAGCUUGGAGGGGAAGAAGGCCACAGAUAUUAGACUUGCUGCCAUUGCAGUUGGAACUGCUAGUCGAGGAGGUUUGGGCAAGCUUUCUAUUCGUGGAAAUAAUUCUGGCCAUGGUGUGACAAAUGUAGGCCUGAAGGCAAUUGCACGUGGCUGCCCUUCACUUAGGGCUCUUUCCUUGUGGAAUUUGCCUCUGGUUGGUGAUGAAGGACUAUAUGAGAUUGCUAAUGGCUGUCACAUGCUGGAGAAGCUCGAUCUUUGUGGGUGUCCCGCAAUUUCUGACAAGGGUCUGAUUGCAAUUGCAAGGAACUGCCCAAAUUUGACUGAGCUAACUAUAGAAUCUUGUUCAAACAUUGGGAAUGAUGGUCUGCAAUCUGUUGGCCGUUGCUGCACCAAUCUAAAAUCCAUCUCAAUCAAUGACUGCCCAAUUGUUGGGGAUCAAGGGAUUGCAGGCCUUGUAUCUUCUGCUACAUAUGUUCUGUCAAAGAUAAAGCUCCAGGCUUUGAACAUUACUGAUGUGUCUCUAGCUGUGGUUGGACACUAUGGUAAGUCAGUUACUGAUCUUGUCCUCACCAGCUUGCCAAAUGUGAGUGAAAGGGGCUUUUGGGUCAUGGGUAAUGGCCAUGGCUUACAGAAGUUGAAGUCCUUUACAGUUACAUCAUGCCAAGGAGUGACAGACAAUGGACUUCAAGCUGUGGGGAAAGGUUGCCCAAAUUUAAGGCAGAUCUGCCUCCGGAAAUGUGCAUUCUUAUCUGAUAAUGGACUGGUCUCUUUUGUAAAAGCUGCAGAGUCACUAGAGAGCCUGCAAUUGGAGAAGUGCCACAGGAUUACCCAACUUGGGUUUUUUGGUUCCCUUUUCAACUGUGGGGCAAAAUUGAAGGCUCUUGCUGUGAUGAACUGCUUGGGAAUUAGGGACCUAAAUCUGGAAUUACCACAGCUGUCUCCUUGCAAAUCCCUACGUUCAUUGUGCAUACGAAACUGCCCGGGUUUUGGUGAUGGUAGCUUGGCUCUUUUGGGGAAGUUGUGUCCUCUGUUGCAGCAUGUGGAAUUGAGUGGACUUCAGGGUGUAACUGAUGCUGGGUUUGCUCCAUUGCUUGAGAACUGUGAGGCUGGUUUGGUAAACGUCAAUUGUAGUGGCUGUGUUAAUUUGUCUGACAAAGUGGUGUCAGCAAUGACCGAGAAGCAUGGUUGGACUCUCGAGUUGCUGAACCUUGAGGGAUGUGUGAAAAUUACUGAUGCAAGUUUGGCCACAAUUGCAGAGAAUUGCUUGUUGCUCAGUGAACUCGAUGUCUCAAAGUGUGCCAUCUCAGAUUCUGGGCUUGCUGUCAUGGCUCGGUCAAACUCGCUCAAUCUCCAGAUCCUUUCAGUAUCUGGUUGCUCUAUGAUAUCAGACAAGAGCUUACCCGCCCUUGUAAAAAUGGGUCAGACUCUCGUAGGACUGAAUCUCCAGCACUGCAAUGCCAUUAGCUCCAGAACUGUUGAUCUGCUUGUGGAGAGGUUGUGGAGGUGCGAUAUCCUCUCUUAGGCAUGGGAAGGAUGGUGAAAGAUUAGGAGCAAACUUAAUGCAUUGCGAUCAAAGUACGUAGCUUCAGAUUCUAGUCAGCUUUUGUGAGUAGCAGCAGCAGCUUGUUUAGUUUUUGGGUCCAUGAGUCGUGGGUCUUUUCUUCUUCCGGUACUCGGUUCCUUUUUCCUGGGAGGAUGGCCAUUGAUCCCCUUUUUUUUAGCAGGCUUCUGUUCCAGAAACCUGUUAUAAAUAUUUUAGCCCCAAAAACGUUGGGGCUGCAACUUUCAUCAUGGCCGUAAUACCCAGAGAAUACAGUCAACUGGGUUCUGAUUCAUAGGUUUUCAUCUGUUUCCUGUUUCAGGGUUUUGACACUCGGGUGUUUUUAGCCUUGACCUUGUAUAUGGGUUGUGCCUGCAUGCUUGGUUUAGGCUUUUAUAUGAUCUACCAGUGUCGAGUCUGUCCAUUGUGUCUUGAUGUUUUUAUAGUCAUGUUUCGAACGUGAUGGUUUGGUUUGUUUUCCCCAAAGGGUGGAAUACAGUGUCUGAAAAUUGUGGAGGUUGCUGUUGGCAGUUGGAGGAUAUGGUGCCUUGUGGUCGUGGGCUUUGGCCAUGGCAGCAGUUUAAAGAGUCUGCCAUGACAACCUUUCUUCUUCAGGAAGAGGUUGUUUUUUUAUCUCUUGUAAUCCAAGCCCUUGUUUUUACAGGCUUCAUUUCUUCAAGAACUGUAUUUUGCAACCUCUUUGUGUAAUAAAAAUAUUUCCACCCUUUGUGUUGUAAGCUUCUUAUCUCAUGAAUGAAUGAAUAAUUUGGAUGUUUGCUUCCUUUAA